AUGCCGCCACCACAAGCGGUCCCCUUCACCUGCGCCCUCUGCCUCACCCCCCAAGCCGGUCGCCCCCACCACCUCGCUUCCAGCCCUCUCUGCCACACCUGCAUCCUCCACCACAUCAUCCCGCAAUUCGAAUCCGCCCUCAAAUACGAAUCCGGAUACCCGGUCAAAUGGUCCGCCAGCAUCGAACUCCACCCGCAAGAUUUCGCGCAGCACUUCCCAUCCAAGCAGGCGUAUCGUACCUUCGCUAAGGCCUGGGAGAAGCGGGUGCGCGAGUACGAGACGCCGGUGAAGUUGAGGGUGUACUGUGGGGACUGUGAGACGUUCGUGCGGAAGCACGCUGCGGAGUAUGACGACUAUCUCGAGAGCACGGGGUAUUGUGGGGAGUGCAAGAUGGUGGUGUGUGGCUGGUGCGGCGACCCGGGUCAUGAUGUCGGCGACUGCCUUGACGACGCGGCGUUGGGUGAGGGUGAAGAUCCGAUCGCGAAGCUGCCGGGCAACAAGCGCUGCCCGAACGAGGAGUGUGGCGCGCCGAUGUUUCUGCACGAUGGCUGCAACGACUGCCGUUGCGUGGUGUGUAAGCAGAGCUUCUGCUGGGUGUGCAUGGUGAAGGAUCCGGAAAGGGGUCACUGGGCGGCUGGGAACUCGUGUCCGCGGUUCGGGAAGGUUGGGGAUCGGAGGGCGAUCUUCGACGACUAUGGGCUUAACGCUCCGCUUGUGGGGAAUGGGUGGUACAUGGAGGAUAGGUGGGUGGAGGAAGAUGUCCCGGGGUUGGAAGAGCAUCUCUGGGGAAUCAACCAUGACGAGGUCGACAGGAUGAUGGGGGAUCUGGGGGUGGCUCGAGAGCAGCCAACGGCGCCGGAGGUGAGGCUCGCUCCAGCUACGCAUCACGCGGCAGCGCAGACAGUAGCGGAGACAGUAGCGGCAAAUCUCCCGCGCGAGCUACUCGCAGCCUUACCAGAAGGGAUUCCGGCGGCUGGACAGCAGUUAAAGGGAAUUGCGGAGGACGACGAGCAGCUGGAGCCCUUUCUCGAGUUGGUCAGAGAACGUUUUGCCGCAGAAGCACGGGAGGAGCAGGAUGCCGCCGGCGCUGAUAAUGAGGUCAUGCAACAGCUGUCCCAUGAAGAAGAGGAUGGGCCUGGCGUGCUUACGUUCGGAGAGGAUGCGUGGGCGCUCCGGAUCGCUGAAUUUGCGAUGGAGGGGGACAUUGAGCCCGUGCUCGGUGCCGGACAAGAUCAGGUUGAUGAGAUGAGUGCGCUUGAGUUGGAGUCGGUGGAAGGCUCGGAUUGGGAUAAGGAGUCGGAUGAAGAUGGUCACGAGGAAGGUCUCAGCGAGCACGAGUUCAUCACAGCUGACGAAAGCGGCUCCGCGGAACAUGAAGUUGGCGAAGGCUCCAACGAUCGACACGUGCACACCAUCAUCCACACCAUCAUCCUCCAAGCCACCGACGACGACUUCCAGACCACUCUCGAAGCAGCACACCAGGACUUCAUCAACGCCCCGCGACGGAGCCCCAACAACCCCUCCCAAACCCCUACCGCAGCCGCGCCGGAGGCGAUCAUGGAGACUACACGCGAAAGGGCCCGCCAGCAGGCUCGCGAACACAUGGAAAGGCAGGUAUCGGAGGCAAGAGCACGAUUCAGGGCCCAGCUGCAGACGCGCGCCAAUCUCGCUGGGCUGGCUGCAGAGGGCUUGCGGCUCACUGCGGAGAUCGAGGGAGGGAUCGCCAGGAGACUUGAUGAGUUUGGACGCCGCACUCAGGGCCAUGGAGGGGUCGAUUAA